CACUCAGGUGAGCGCUACGUACGUGGACAUCCCCACUGCGCACCCCUUCCACGACCGCGCCUCUUUAUAAAUAUUAUCCCGACUUGGAGCGGCACGACUACUUUUCUCCAUCUCGUAUUGGAGCAGCAGUGGAGUCAGGGGUGCACUAAAGAUUCUCUUCGCAUUGCCUUGAUGUCGUUACUCAAGACAAAGCUUUUGGGUACAUUUGAAGGUUAAUAAGUGCUCCCUAUGGUUGGAAGACAGACGAUCCGCAUGGAUAGUGGAAAUGGCCCUGUGACAGUUAUGGAUGAGAGUCCCACAUCCAGCCCCAGCUCCAGUCCUGACAUGCUGACCACCGACAGUCGGCGUCCGGAGGCCCUGCAGCUCUCCAGGGUGGUCCAUGCCGGUGGGCUCUGUGGCAGAGGACGGCCGGCAGCAACCAACGCAGCGCGGGAGAGGAGUCGAGUGCAGACCCUGAGAAGCGCGUUCCUGGAGCUACAGAGGACUCUGCCGUCGGUGCCACCGGACACCAAACUGUCCAAGCUCGACGUGUUGAUUUUGGCCACCACGUACAUUGCCCAUCUGACUCAGACCUUGCAAGAGGAAGGGAUGGAUGAGGGAGAUAGCACUAGACAAACAGAGGCCUUACGCUCGCUGAAAGGUGAUGGUUACCUGCACCCUGUGAAAAAGUGGCCGAUGCGAUCCAGGUUAUACGUCGGAGCCAGCGGUCAGUUUCUGAACAGUUCAAAACAGACAGAAAAUCGAGGUGCAUCAUCGUCAACCUCACAGACAUAAAUCUAUCCAUUGCAUAACUUCUCAUUCAGACGACCAUUAGUUAUGAAGAUUAUUUCAGCAGAAUCCACCUAUGAGGACUUUUAAUGAACAGCAGACCAUGGUUCGUCGUCUGACAUUAUACUUUUUAUUUGUCAAACAAUUGAAGUAUCUGCUUUUGACGUUUCAUAUCAUGUAAAGGGGGCAGUCACGAGACAGUCAACUCUUUUAAUUGUAGGAAACACAUUGUAAAUUAAUAUAUUAUGUGAUUAUGUAUAUAACAUUUGAGAAAGCUUAAAUAGUGUUUCUCUGUUGUUAUUUUGGCCUUGCUCUGCUCUGUUUUCUGCAGUUAUGUUGUUAGAGGUAUUACCGUGUAUAUUUUUAUUUUAUUUUAAAUUCCAUGUGUUGGGUAAUGAGCUUUCGGGCUUGACUUGUUGGCUAUGCACUUUCAGUUAAAACAUUUGUACUAAAUGCAUGUGUGAAUAACUUAACAUCUGUCAUGUGAAGUGGUCUGUCAGAAUCUCAACAAUGGUAGGAGCCUCUUCAUCUCCCCUUCUUUCUUACGUUACUUCUUUCUUACGUGAAUGGUUGUAAAUGUGUUUGUUGAUAAUGGCUUGAGAAAUAAAAAGAAUACAUGUCUCCCA